UAUACUUCCGGGCUAAAAACAUGUUGAGAUUGUAGUAGUAUCGGAGCUGAUCUCAAUACAAGUUCAGGGUGAUGGGACCGGAUGGGGCCCCGGGUCCAGCGGUGCCCUGGAGGAAGGUCCUCUGGGAGCGUCAGCCGUUCCCUGAUAACUACGUAGACCGGCGUUUCCUGGAGGAGUUACGGAGGAACGAGGGGCUCAGACAUUACAGAUACUGGGCUGUGGUGAAGGAGGCGGGCUUUGUGGGACAGCAGCUGUCCUGUGUCGCCAUUUUUAUCUCCCUGUGGCUUUACAUGGAGCAGGGUCUGCUGUCUCCUGAGACUCUCCUGUGGAGCAGCCUGCUAUGCGCUCUGCUCGGUUAUGGACUCUACCAGUCCCUGACGGUUCAGGUCGAGUCAGGCUGUGAGACUCGGACUCGUCUGGCUGACCUGCAGAGCGCCGCCAUCUUUCUCUCCUUCACGUUUGGUUUCUCUCCAGUUCUAAAGACGCUCACAGAGUCGGUGAGCACCGACACCGUGUACGCCAUGUCCGCUGUGAUGCUGCUCGCACACCUGGUGUCCUUCCCCUAUGCUCACCCCUCCCCCCCUGGCAGCCUUUCCCUGAACGCAGCCCUGUUCGCCUCAGUGUGUUUGGCGUCCAGGUUACCUGGAGCUCUGCACACCUUUGCCAUGCUGAGCUGUGCCCUCGAGGUGUUUGCCCUGUGGCCCUGCCUGCUGCAGAGGCUCCGGGAGAACAAUCCCACACACUUCACAGCGCUCUGUGUGGGAGUGUGUGUUGGAGGAGUUGGGGGUCUGGGGUCUCAGUCACCAGGAGGCGCCGUUCUCUUAGCCCUGGCUUUAGGGAGUGUGACUCUGCUGUGCCCCCUCCUGUUAGUGCGUCUGCAGAGACACAAAGACAACAUCCAGGGACCGUGGGACGAGGCGGAGAUCCACGAGGACCUGAACUUGUUGAACUGACCCACACAGUCAGAGACACAAAGGGUUAAACUAAAGGACUAACUAUGAACUCAUUGACCGUCAUCAUGAUAAUUCACAGUUUCAUCAUGUGAACACUCCUCAUUAUAUUCGAGCAGAGAUCAUGAAGAAGUUUUUAAUGUUCAUCUCUGAAGUGUUGAUGAUUUUAUUUCCCCUCGUGAAAUACUGACUGAGGCAGACAAAAUAACUUUGAUACUUUUUGAUAUCACAUGUUCUGAAACAAUACAGUCUCUGUUAUUUAAUGAUAGAUCGUAUCAAAAGGCACCAAAGCUUAAUAAAAAAGCCACAGGUCUUCAGUCAGAUUUAAGAAAAAGCUCCCGCACACUGUCUGAAUUGUACAAAUGCGUCGUCUGUGUGUUUGAGACAGUGUGCAUGAUCUCAGCUGAUUUUUAUGCUAAUUAAAAACAAUACAUUUUCUAACAUUGGGUGUCUAGGACUUCUAUUUUUGUUGCUGUGGUAUCAAAGAGGUAUUGAUAUCAUUUGAUUGUUACUACAUUUGUAUCACAGAUUUAAAAUCUGGUACUCUAAACACUGAACACUUGUUAUUCUGUUCCAGGUUCAUAUCAGCGAUGUUUAACCGUGUUUAACUGAUCUACUGUUGUGUGUGUGUAAAUGAAUAUAUUUUUAAAGGGUUUUGAAAUUAUAUAAAAUGUUUUCUUAUAAGGUUUUUCAAUACUCAGUUAUGUUUAAAUACCACGAGUUGAUAAAGUCUCUGUCAGUUUUAUUUUAAUGAUCAAUAUUAUCAAAAAGUACAGAAACUUAAAAAAACAUGUUUCAUCAGACAGCUGUGUAGGAGAGGAAUGAACUAAAAAUCUCAAAGCCUCAACUUGUGAUAUUUAAAAACAACAAGAUAUUACCCAAUACUGGGUGCUACAGAAUUCAUAUUUUUAUUUUUGUGAUGUUGAAACCGGUAUUGAUAUCAUUUGAUGUUUUUGCUUGUAUUAAAAAAUGUUGGUGGUCAUGAUAACCAACCUAUAUUUAUUAAAAGUUUGAAUAAAAAGUUGAAUAACUAGCAGAAGCUCAAUUUAAACUGGAUCCCAGUUUGAUACACUAAUAAAGAAAUCAAAGCUUCA